CCGCUUUGAAACUUUCCUGCUUGCUCUGCUCUCGAGUCAACGUCCCCGGGAGACACCAGAGGUCCCAUACAGCCUACUCUUAAUUUAUUAGCUUGUUACUAUACGGAAAUGGCUCCUUCUGCGCUCAUCCUUCCUCCUGUGACACCUCAAGACUAUCACAGGAUCAUUUCACCAUCGCUGAACAUUCCCAGCGACCCACAGACAUCCAUUCCCGUCGGUCUCUUGGCAUGCCAACGCGAUUCACUCCUUCGAGAAUUGGCCACCACAGUGGUCAGCUCUCGUCCUGCUGAAGCACCUCCGCAGCCCAAGCGUGCGAAGAAGGACAAGUCCAGCACACCACCAACACCAGCAAGCCCUCUCCUCGAGGUCUUGCUGCACGAUACCGUCCUCUUUCCAGAAGGUGUCGCGGAAGUGAAGCGCGCCGGAGGACACGCUGUGCACUACGUCAAGGUCGGUGAGAAGAGUAUCGAAGGCGCGCUGCACGCCUUCACAGUCGGCAGAGAAGUAGGUGUGCGGCUGGGAGAGGCCGGUCUGCAGCGGAGGCUAGACCACAUUGUCUGCGAAGACGCAAGCCAAGAAGGGCGACUCACACUCCCAUUAAUAUUGCCCUAUUGCCCUCAUGGUUACACUCUGGCUUCGCCCCUGUCCCAUCUCUCCAGAAGCACCAACUUGGACUCGGACAAGUCGUUCAAGCUGGCCGAAAUUCACGCUUCGCCGUCACCACGUACCGUCUCGAUCGACUGUUUAGUCGACAAGCAUCACGGUAACGACAACCUAGUCCAGAUGUGCUCGAUAACCCCGCACGGCGCGAACGAUGUGGAGCGCAUGGGUGUUCUUUCAGAGUGGUUUGCAUUAAGACCGGCGAGUGCGUCACGAGUUCAGUCCGUACUCUGCCCGCUCGACAAACCGAGCAGACACCUGCGUUACGAGACUCUCAGGCUGGCCAAGUUCCUUUUCCUGCGCGUCUACCGCCAGGGCUAGGAGUGCGACGAGUGAGCGACCGAGGCCCGCAACACGAACACGCCGCUACUUUUCCUAGGCCCCCUUCAUCGUGGGCUCGGACGACCUGAAGCUCAGGCAGGGCCGCAAAUCUGCGCGGGCCUGUGAUGUCCGCUACGACAUCGUCUUCUCUAGGAUGAGCACCACCACGCCCAGGCCUGCGGGUGUGACAAUGACGACAAUAUCUCUCACGCUCUCUGGUCGCAGGUCCAUGCCUUCUCCACUCUAUGAAGAUGGCAUCCAGUCGUCUCCAUCAGUUUUAACGGUCGCUUUAUCGAGCCCGUAACAUGAUGACGCCUCCUCAAUGCUGAUCCCCAUCUACGUCUACCACCUAAACGUCUCUCGCCCCCCCCUCUCCCAUGAUAAGGCAUCUUCGCCAGCCGGCACGAGUCCCCUGGCUUUACGCUUCAGCCGCAGCGGUGCUGAGCUGUCGUGCACAGUCAACGACGAAUGACGUAGAGGCAGACGAGGAGACCGCCGAGGUGCCUGGCCAGUACGGUGUGAGUGCUAAGCACAGCAGAAGCACCGGAAGACCUCACAAUGUCGAACGGUCUACUACCAACGCUCAUUUCUACUGCGAUCGUCGCGGCACGGAGGGAAGAUGGCGGAAAUAGUUCUCGCUCCCCACGGCCGCGCCUCGCACUACACCGGUGACGACGAAGUCGAACGCUAUCGACGAGGGCAGAAACAAAUGCUGGUCACUCGUGGUCAGAAACCUGAAGACGAACGGCAACGACUCCGCGCGGGGCGUCGCUUCACGAUUGCGGCGGUAACACUUUGGCUUUGGCCGCGGCCGUUCGCCCUGUCUGUUGAUUUGGUAGGCGCCUACCAUUUCUUUGACAGCUGCGCUACUACUUUCGCCGGCUUCAUAGAUCUGAUGGGCCUAUACCACGACAUCCAUGUAGUGCUACUCAUUCGCAUAUUGUAUAGUGAUGAUAAAAUUGACUUAGAGAAGAUACGUCCCUGUACUAGUUUCAUCUGUGCGCGACGGCGUCCAGCGUCCUAAGUACACUAUUACGCGCGAUUACUGUACAAGCUCUCCAGAUAGCCAUUCAAUCCUGAGAGAUUCAGUUUAUACUCGCUCCAGAACACUACAUUGUGCCCAGAGUAUCCCGCGAAGACCCGCCAGUGCCAGUCUAGCGGAACCCACCACAG